CGGCAAAGGGCGCAUGCGCCCGGAGCAACGCGAGGCAAGGGAGCGCGUGUCGGGAAAGGGCGCAUGCGCCCUGAAUGAAUGAAUAGUCGGGCCGCCGCCGCCUGAGCCAAGAACGCGCGCCGGGAAAGGGCGCAUGCGCCCGGAGGUCCGCGAGGCUGGGGCGCGCGCCCCGCAAGGGAGCACGCGCCCGAAGGUCCGCGAGGCAAGAGCGCAUGCGCCGUAGGGGCUACGCGGAGCGGCCCGGUCGCCGUGCCCACCUCGGUGGUUGCCUCAGCGGUGAGGGCGGCGGGGUUGGGGGCCCGGGGAAGGCGGCCAUGCCCAGCCGCCGGCCCGACUGAGGAGGCCUGCCCCUCCAGCCGCCGGCCCGCGCCCGGUAAAGCCUGGUGGAGCGGCCCUCGGCGCCCCCCGGCGCCCCUCGUGCCGCCGAGGCGGGCGGCGUUGGGCCCCCGGAGAGAGAGGCCCCCGGUGCCGCCGUGUGACCGGCCGCCGCCCCCGGCGGAGGAGGAAGAGGAGGAGGAGGGGGGGGGGCGCGCCCACCAUGGAAGGCGGGGGGGCCUACGGCGCCGGGAAAGCCGGGGGCGCCUUCGACCCCCACACCUUCAUCCGGCAGCCGCACACCGCCCUGCGCCUCCUCUCUUGGGUGUUCUCCAUCGUGGUCUUUGGCUCCAUCGUGAACGAGGGCUACUUGAACCACGCCUCCGAGAAAGAGGAGUUCUGCAUCUACAACCGCAACCCCGACGCCUGUAACUACGGGGUCACGGUGGGCGUCCUCUCCUUCCUCAGCUGCGUGGCGUACCUAGCACUGGACAUCUACUUCCCCCAGAUCAGCAGCGUCAAGGACCGCAAGAAGGCCGUGAUCUCCGACAUCGGGGUCUCGGCCCUGUGGGCGUUUCUCUGGUUCGUCGGCUUCUGCUUCCUAGCCAACCAGUGGCAGGUCUCCAAGCCCGAAGACAACCCUCUGAACGAGGGGACGGACGCCGCCCGGGCCGCCAUCGCCUUCUCCUUCUUCUCCAUCUUCACCUGGGUGGGCCAGGCAUUCCUGGCGUUCCAGCGGUACCGGAUCGGCGCCGACUCAGCCCUCUUCUCCCAAGACUACACGGACCCUAGUCAGGACGCCAGCGGGCCUUACGCACCCUACGCCAGCGAGCCAGAAGUGGGGCCCGCCGGCGGCGGCUCUUACCAGCAACCCGCCGACGCCUUCGAUGCCGAGACCCAGGGCUACCAGGCGCAGGGGUACUGAGACGGGGGGCGGGGGGAGACGACCUCUCUCCACUCUCCCCCAUCCCUCCGAGCGAGGGACAAUUGGGGUGUCCACAGGCAAGAGCCCCAGUCUUCCCCCCCAGCUGUUUGCAUUGAUUUAUUUAUUAUUAGAACAUAUAUUCUCCCCGAUUACCCCCUUAGGUGAAACGGUUUUGCCGGGUGUGACUCUGAGGGGAGGGGCUCCCUUCUUGGACCCUGGGUUCCCCGCAGACCGGCAGGGAGCACAUGGGGUUCGGGGGAUGGGGGGAGGCAGCGGGAACGACCCCAAGAAGAAGGCCGUAGUUGGGGAGAAAAUGUCCUCGCAGGCUCAGCCCGUGGGGUCAGAG